UGUUGCAGCUAUCGCGUGUCAAGGUUUGCCGAGAGAGUCCCGCGUGCUCCAAUGCCUGCCUCAUCGUGCCAGUCCCUGGGCGCGACCCUGGCGGCCAGCAUCAAGAGCUCGGGGAACGCAAAGCAGUGGGCUGCGGCGCUGGAUCUGUUUCGAUCUGCUCCGCAGUCACGCGUGCCAGUCGACGACGUGCUGUACAAUACCGCCAUCAGUGCAUGCGGUAAGGCCAGGCAGUGGGAGCGGGCACUGAUGCUGCUGCGUGAGAUGGCGGGGGCGAAGGUCGUGCCAGACGUUAUCCUACAGUGCUGGAGUCAGCGCGUGCGAGAAGGGUGA